UCAUGAUCAUGAUUCUAAUAUUGCUGCGCCUACUGCUCCUAAACCUCCUUAAUUCCCUUGUUCUUUUCUUCAUUUUUCUAAUAGUUUCCAAUCCAACCGUUUGUCAUAUUUUUCACUUCACUCUUCUCCCUUCUCUUUUCCGAUGGAGAGGACACAUCUUAAAUUUUUUAACCAAGCGUAGCUUCAUUUUGGAUCAUUCAGAUGUUGAGCGAGAAGUGGAUUAUAUUAGCGAGUUACCUGAUUGUAUCCUGUCUGACAUCCAAUCAAUGAUCUCCAUGAAAGAUAUGAUGAACACCAGCAUACUUUCAAAAAGGUGGUGCAACCUCUGGCAUCUUAGGAGAGAUCUACAAUUUGAUGUGCGCAAUGUCUUUGGAAGUAAAGAGCAAGUGCUAAAAGAAGGAUAUUUGGUUAUUGAGAAAAAGGAUCAUGAAAAAUUAAAACGCAGAGCUUCGGAUGAGUGCAGGGAUGAAUUCGUAAGACGAGUAGAUCAAUUUGUCAAGAAUUUUAAAGGGACGGAGAUUGAUUCUUUCAUGGUGGAGUUCUGUUUAAAUGACGAACAUAGCAAAAGCAUUGAUGAAUGGAUCAGGUUUGCAAUCACAAGAGGAGUUGGAAGAAUCGAUUUACUCUUAUAUGCUCAAAAAAAAUCUUCCUACCAUCAUUACAAUGAGGACAAUGAGGACUCAGGUUACAAGUUCCCCUUUGGUUUAUCUUUUGAUCAGUGUGAUAAGUACUCAACAACACUAAAGUAUAUGCAUCUGAGAUUUUGUUGCCUUGUUUAUCAUCCAACAAACUUUGACAUUUUUCCGUUCACAAACUUGAGAUCUCUUAAACUUGUAAAGUCAGUGGUGGAUGUAAACAUGCUCACAGCCCUGCUAUCUAAUUGUCUUCUAUUUGAAGAGCUCAGCUUAUUUACGUGUGUGUUAAGAUCAAAUUCAUCUACCUUAAAGAUAGAAAGCUCAUCCUUGUGCCAUUUGAAGCUGGAUCAUUGCUUUGGAAAUGAAAAUGAGUCUUUAGAACUCAUUUCUUUGGAUUGCCCAAAACUCACCUCCUUUUAUUACUACCCAACUCGUCAUUCAGAUAGCAUAUUAUCAAUGAAUACUCCAAUUCUAAAGACCAUUUACUAUUUUGAUUGGCAUGACAAAUUAGAUGAAAUGUUUGCCUUGCUCGCCACUUUGACUAAGCUUGAGAUUCUCAAUUUAUAUUACUUUGGCCACUAUAAUCCUUACAUCUGUCUUGAGCAGGAAGGAAGAGUAUUGCAAAAUCUCAGAGAAUUAAACUUGAGUGUUGAUGCGUCAAGUGACUUUGAUACUUCGUGGAUUUUUAUCAUCCUUCAAGGUUCUCCAUCUCUGCAGAAACUUUCAGUCAUGAUAACAUAUCCAGUCUUUCAUAAAAAUGAAAGAGAUAGUCAAUAUCUCUUUGAUAUUCAAGAUCUAGGAAUGUUCUCUGACGUAAUGUUCUCUCAUGAUGAAAUCAAAGUUAUUGAACUUGGAGGAUGUGUGGGAAACCGGUAUGAAAUUGAGUUCGCCAUGAAUGCUUUGAAAUAUAUCCACAGUCUUGAGCGAAUAGUUCUGAGUCCUGAUUGGAUAGAUAAAUAUAGUAGAAGUAAGUAUAGUAAUAUUUGGACAUGCGAUCCAACAUGGUCUCAAAAUGGGCGUGAAAUAAUUCUUGAAAAACUUCGAGCGGAAGGGAUUGAACUAGAUAAACUUGUACUCAAAUGAGAGUAUAUAACUUUUGGAUUCUUUGUUUUAUCAUUAUUUGAUAAAAUCACAUUAUAAACAAUGCUGAUGAUUUUAU